UAUAAUACUAAUAAUGUCAAAAUGUUAUAUUUUAAUUAUAAGAUAUUAGAUUAAGUAUUAUUUAAGUAACAACAAUGUUGCUUGCCCUAACGGGUGCAUGUUGUAACCACCAUAUAAAUAAAGACCUACUGUAAACACAUGUAUGCAAUAAAUGAUAUGAAUAUGAAUACUAAUACUUAAAUCUAGGUUUAGUACAAACAUAAUAUUAAAACAUUUUUUUACAUAAUGGGGCAUGUAGCUGCACUACUGUCACUAUUGUUUGAACCCCAUUUAAGACCUAAAAUGUGUUUUUGCAAUCACAAUAUUUAGCCCUAAACAUUUUUCCUCCGUUAAUUUUAGUAAAUUUGUUGUUUGUUUUAGUAAACUAUUUUAUUGAAAUCCGCUCAAUAAUUUAGGUGCAAGAAGAAAAAAUAUGAUUCUAUAUUCGGCGUCCUCUCAAGGCGGCUGUACUGACUUUUCUUUAAUAAUACAAGUGUAAACAGGUUGUGAAGAGCAUGAGGAAUCUAUCGACAUGUCAUUUUUAAAAAUCCAGCCAGUACCCUAAGUUACAGGCUGUUUUGAAUCAUCAGUACUUAAACACAUAACCCUACUUUCUGGUGAAGUCGCAGUCGAGUAAAAUGUUGAUAUUGGGGUAGAUCAUGUACAAAUAUAUAGAGAAAAAGUUGAAUUCAUAUUCCUCCGAGUUUCCUAUUAAGAUAAAUAUUUGACUCAGAGACAUUUGAGCAGAGAAUCGCUAUGGCUAAAAGAUAACCAAUGUUAUACAUAUAAAAUUUCCAGGGUUAUAUAAAACCUUAAAAUCUUGCAAUGCUGUGGUUUAUUAUAUAAAACUGCAUGAAACAUAAUUACUUAGUGUAGUUAAUACGCACAUUCGAAAUUGUAAACGAGCACCAAAAAAUACGAAUACCCACCUUUUACUAUUCGGCGAAUACGAAUAUUCGUAUAAUUUGUGUGUCACUAAUGUAUUAUUAUAAAAGUGUCUUUAGUAUUCAUUUCAGUGUAGCUAGGUAUCAAUGGUAGGUAUUCUGAAUUACCUACGGCCUGCCACGCCACGUACACAAAGAACCAACUGGAAAGCAGCGUUUCGCAGCGCUAGCCCUCGUUAUCAGUCGCGCAAGAACCUAAUCACUUUCAUUGCAACCCCGCGAAGGAGGUCGCGGCGGCUAUCACCUAUCGCACGCAGUGUGUCCCGCGCAGCAGCCGCGCGCAGGCGUGCGCAUGGCCCUCGCGUGACAGUCGCGCCCCGAUCCGCGACGCGACGCCCGGUUCGCCGGGAAUGGAGGCCUGCUGCGCGAUCAGAGCUGCCGAGGACCUUGUGGGCGACCAGAUUGUCCCUGGCGGCAGUCGCUGGGCCGCUCCGCACGCGCCCGGGCUCCUUGACUCAUGGUUUCAGAUGCAGAUGCAGACAUCUGACUUCGAGUCGCUGCUUUGCAAGCAGGAGGGCGCCUCGCUAGCGCCCGCCCACAUGGACCUUUUUGAUGGCGGCACUUCUUCUCGCGACGAUGCGUUCCUGCGGCCCGCUCUCUGGGAGGACAUCGCCUCCUCGAUCAGGAACAUCGAUCCCGAAAAUGCAAAUAUGCUCGCUCCACUCGGAGCGACCCACGUUAAAUUGGAAGCGGAUGAUCCACUGCUUGAAGAAUGCGCUACGCCGCUACUCAGUCCUCUCGAGAUCAAGACGGAAAGACUGUGCGGACCGCCGACGUAUGCGCAGCCGCAGCCGCCGCAGCACAUGCCGCAGCCGCUGCCGCAACCGGUCAGCUCGUUUGCAAAGUAUCCGCCAGCACGCCUGGUGUACAUGUCUCCGCUGACCCCGCCCGGUUCUGACCAGGGCAGUCCAGGCAAUUCGAUGCAGGCCGCGGGACGCCGGACGCCGCCGCCGCCGUACCACCCGCCGCCUCUGUUGCGCGCGCCGCACCCGCCUCCGCCCCUCCCGCACCAUCCCCAACACCAUCACCAACAGCAAGCAAUGCCGCCAAUGGGCGCACAGCUGCCAGCGCCGGCGCAGCAGCACCACGCGCCGCACCACGCUCCGAUGCUGCACUCGAGGCUGGGCCCCGCCUCUGUCAAGUACAACCGGCGGAACAACCCUGAAUUAGAAAAAAGAAGAGUACACCACUGCGACUUCAUGGGUUGCACGAAGGUAUACACGAAAAGCUCUCACCUGAAAGCACAUCAGAGGAUACAUACAGGAGAGAAACCUUACACUUGCCAAUGGCCGGAGUGCGAGUGGAGGUUCGCGCGGUCAGACGAGCUGACGCGGCACUACCGCAAGCACACGGGCGCAAAGCCCUUCAAAUGCGCGGUCUGCGAGCGCUCGUUCGCCAGGUCCGACCACCUCGCGCUGCAUAUGAAGCGCCACCUGCCCAAGACCUCCAAAUGACACGCGCGAAGGGGCGGGGAUCAACCUCCCGCGCCCCAAUCUACAGCGGAGGAAUGCAGUGACACCAUCUUCUUGGAGUGCGACCUCGACACAAGCCUGAUGGAGACGUUCUACGGUGCGCUGUGACGCGCUGAGUGCGCGCGCAGCUGAACAGCCGCGGAUUCAAACGCGACUGCCCUGCUGAAAACUAGGAUUUCAAUAAUAAAUUGACUAAAUACGUACGCUGCUGUAUCGAUACCUUAAAGUAAUUACUAGACGCCACUUGGGAAUUCUAAUAUUCUUGUAAAUAUACAAAAAAAUCUUUAUUCAACAUAAUUACCAAGAAAACUGCUUUAAACACAAAGUCAUGCAUUAAUCAAAUGUAUGAUAGUUACCUAGACAAGAGAUAAUGAAAUGCAAUCACAAUCAUAAUUUAUUAAAAAAAAUGUUAAUUAUCAUUAUGAUUUUAUAAAGACAUAUUUUUCAAACAUUAUUUAAAAAGCGAAUAUUGUAUAGGUAGCUGAAUUUUAAGUACUACAUAAAUAGUUACUUAAGUGAAAAUAAGCAUCUAAUUUUCCAAUUGGGGUUUAUACUUUACAUUAAGCGUGUCGUUUUUAAUGAAAGAGAAUAGUAAAUAGGUAAUACUCCUAAAUAUUUCUUACUAUUUUAUAAUAUGAAAACUGCUCGUUCAAUGUAAUCGAGGAUUCAUAUUAAAUUACCUUUCAUUUAGGCCUUCUGAUUUGAUCGAGUCGAGAAGGUAAUUGAAGGAUUUAUUUUAAAAAGCAACACCGAAACCAUGUUGAACGAAGCUAAUUGCUAGAUUUGAAUUGUAUAUGAAUUUAAUUUACCAUUAAUUUAUGUACCUACUUGGAUGCGCCUACGAGUAGGGUGUACUUGUUUGUAUAGAAAUGUUGCUCACUGCAAUAGCAAUGAAGUCGCUGUUGAAGCUUCGAAACGUAAAAGCUCUAAGUAUUCUUUAGAUAUUAUUAUGAUUAUUGAUUAGUUAAAUUAUAAUAAGUUAUUGACUAAGAGAGCAAGGAAUAUCCAAGAUAUUACAGUUAUCUUUAUAUUAUUAUCAGAGGUCGUAUAGUUCGUAGGUAAUAGUUAUAAGCGUAGAAUACAUAGUCGCGUAUCUGAAUGUAACGACCUGAGAUAGUGCAUUGGGCUUUAAUACGUCUUUAAAAAAAUCUUACUUCACUCCAAGCUUAUGUAAAUAGUGAGGACAUGCAUUACCAUUAGAUUAAGAGAGACGUCACGUAAUAUUAAGUCGUCUGACACUCGUACCAAGCCGCCGAUCGGGUAUGCCAAAAGCAUUAAGUAAACAUGGCUUCUUAAUAAAAAUAAACUACAAGUUUAUUACUGCAGUGUAGCUCUUAUUAUUGUUAGUAAUAAAUAUAUCUGUGAGUCCACACUUCCUGUUUGAUGUUUUUUGACUUAAAAAUGUUAAAAUGUAAUAAUAGUUAUUUGUUAUUUACCUCUCGUGUUAAUAUGGAAUUUUGAGCAUUGCGAGGGUUCAAGGCACGAGAUGUGAACAAACUUUGCUGCCUAAACCUGAUCACCAUACACACAUACCGUUAAAAAAACUUGAGGCGUGUUUCUAUGUAACUCAAGUUUCAGUUCUUUAUUAGUAUACAUUCAAAAGUCAAAAAAUACUAAAUAUUAGCAUUUGAAACCCAAGCAAAAUAACUUGUAUUAUACAUGUACAUCUAAGCAUAAUGCCAAUGUUAAAAUAUACGAGCUCUUAAUACUCUUUUGACUAGACUAACCAUGUAUGUAUUUGCCCGAAACUAUAGUAACAGCAGCAUUCUGUACAAGAUAACGCGGACGGACUCUGACUUUCCUUUUUUCAUCCAAAGAUGGACGACAGUCGACAAAGUCAUGCCACAAAAUACUGCCCCAAAAAACGUUAUUUAUUGCCUACGUCCAGGUCGUUACAUUCGUACACGCAGUUUUACACUUUCUAGUCUCGAUUUAUUAAAGACAAUUUUAUCAAAAGUAUACAUCUCGGUACGUCUGACGUAACAUAUCACGUCUUAUCCGUACAACUAACAUGUUUUACACACACAAUUACAGACACAAAAAUGCACAUGAAGUCAUAAUGAUGCACUUUUGUAUGUACCUAAUUAUAAUUAUAUGGAGCGAAAUAACUUAAGGUCCAAUAAUGUAGAUAACAAUGUAAAUUAUGAGCCUUAUUGCUUCCGUCCAAUUAAAUAUCUAAACAUUAAAUAAUGUUCUGAAAUAUGCGUUAAGCCAUACCUGUCCAAGAAAACCACCGCGAGACUACUUUACUGACCGCCCUAAGUUUCUACUAUUAAACUCAGGCCAUUUUUAAAGUAGUUACUCCACGGAUUUUUUUACCUAAAGUUAAAACAGUAUUUUUUUUCUUGAUAAAAACCAGUCAAGACCAUAUUGGGCUACGCUUAGUGUAGGAUUCCGUAGCCGCUUCUAAUACAGUAUAGGUAUAAACACAAAGACUUUCAUCCACAUUUUACGUGUGAGUAGGUGAGGAGUGAUACCUAACUAUUCUAAAACUGUAUCACUUUGUUAUUGCUAAAUUACAGCUUUCUAGUAGGGCACUGUGUUAAAUCGCAGACAGACAGACGAGCAGACGGACACAUGGACAUGGCGAAACCAUAAGGAUUCUUUAGGGAAUAUAGAAACUAUCAAUUAUGGAGAGCCAGAUUUCGAUUUUUAAGUUUCAAAAGUAAGCGACUCCAACAUCUUCCUUAAGUUAUUCAGGUACCUAUCUCAUAAACCUCGUAACUCGAAAGAUAACCCAAAUAACAUAUCAAUAAGUGAUCUGUGCAUAUUCGAAUAAGAUACUCGAUGAGAAAAAUGAUGCAACACUUACCUAAGUACCUAAUAGGUAUUAGAAAUUUAAUCUUUCGUAUGUAAGACAGUUCUCUGUGGCUCUCAGUUUUGGAAUAAUUUAGCGACAAGGUUGUAACUAGCAGUUAUAGCCCAAAAACUCAAAAUGCCAUAAUUAAUAGUCACUAGAAUUUGUAUCAUCUAAUCUAAGAAAUACUUACUAUUGUUAACAAUAUCUCUGUACCUAUAUUUUAGCCCAGGCGCACUUUCAAAUUAGGUAGCCAAUAUAUUUAAAACAAAAUACCAGGUAUUUGGCGAAAACUUCACAAUGAGCAUUUAAAACUUAAAAGUAGAAACCUACGAUGGAAUGACAUAUUUAUACAUACACAGUGACAUUUAUAUAAAAAGUCGUUCCUUAAUAUCUUGCCUAUAAUGUACAAUACGAAGUAGAACUUAUUUCUUUCUAACUCUUAAUAAUACAUAUAACUAGGUUCGAUUAGUAAUACCUAUAUUAAAAUAUAUAUGUUUACUACUUUGUAUAGAAGAAAGCUCUGUUCUUGUUCAACCAUCGGUCGAUGCAAUCACGAUUGCUAUAUUAUUCCUACCCAUUUAAUUUAAUCAUAAUCAUACAAGGUAGCCCAAAAAUACGUUGACAAAAAAUAAUAGGAACCUUUUCUUGUUACUUGCCUACACAUCUUUUACAGUGUAGUUAAAAAUAAAAACUAGAAUCAUUAAACUAUAACAACGCGUAUUAUCCUCAAAUAUUAGCUUUGAUGAACAAACCCCAAGUUUUGUUAAAAUGAUCAACAAUAUAGCGCUGUAAAAUAAUUGUUAACGUAUUUUUGUGCUACUCUGUAAUAUCCCGCUGCCACCUGUCAAAUUGUCAUUAUUUACACUUUUUCUCGUCUAGAUAUGCACUGUUCUAAGAUGGACGGCCCGAUUCGAAAAAUAAGAUACGAUAACGAUAAGUUCUGGUUUAGACAAGUUAUCAUUUAGAUAUCGUUUGUAUGUCGUAUAAUUGACAGAAGCAGCUCGAUUCGGGCAACCAAUGUCACUUUGACUAUAGAAAUAUCGUAGAUAGAUCUUAUUGGGAUCACAGCGGAAUCGAAAUAAACGUCAUUUUUGACAUGUCGUUUUGUUAUCGAUCUUUUGCAGAUCUUUCAAAGAUCUUAAACGUGUCUUAAUCAUUCUUCGAAUCGGGCCGUGUGUGUUACCGAGUAGCAAUUAUCAUUUAUAUUUACUUAUUAGUAGUGAUGCAACGAAUAAGAAUAGGUAUUCGUAUUCGCCGUAUAUCAACAUUUUUACGAAUAUUUUUAGUCACCGAAUAUUAAAUAGGUAUUCUUAUUUCUUACCCAUUUUAAUUCCAUUAAUAUGUUUCAUUUAGUUAAACACGGAAAAUCGUAUAGUUCCGAGUUUUAAUGGUUUAAAAUGUAAAAAAUCAUCAACACGUGUCUAAUUUUCUCUAAAUUUCUGUUGUAUAUCGUUACCCUGUACCACAACACCAGAUACCGAGCGACGCCACUGUGAAAAAAUUUAACGUAAAUAAUAUAUUAAAGAAAAUUAAGUAAAAUAUUUCAGAGAGGACUUAAAGCCAGGAAAUCAGAAAGAAAUAAAAGAUCAGGCGCGCCGCGUCAAACUUGCGAAGAAAGAUUUGGCGAUCGCGCAGGUUUUAACAUUUUUCCACACUAUCUCUGAAAGUAUAAUUUUGUUUAAAAAAUUGUUGGUCAAAUCCGUCGGCUAUAUCAUUAGCUACUUUAUGCUAAAAUUAUUCUGUUAUCACAUGCAAGACAACGCUAUACAAUUGGUAAUAAUUGACAAUUACACGUUUUCGUGAUUUAUUUCUAUCAAGCUAACUUCAACAUUUUAAGGUAUUUCGUGAAGUCUGCCCACGGAAGUAUAGUCUAGUUUCCAUGUUAUUUUUUUGUAUUGCAUUUGUCAAUCCAAAGCCCCCUCUUAAGAAAACCUUUAAUAAUCCAAGCGAUAUACCUAUCUCCCGUGGCAUAUUUUAAUUAUUUAAUUCAAAAUGAAUCUACCGGCUAAAGUGGAAACAACUCUAGAUUUGCGUGGUAUGUAACUGCCAGUGCCACUGAGUGUGAAAUUAAAUAAAUUCACAAUAAAGACAGCCUUUUCGUGCUAGUGGUGAAUAUACUUGUCUAGUACCUACGCAUGAACAUACCUAUCAAGUUAAACCCCUUGAAGCUGGUAACAAUUUAAAUUUCUUAGACAAAGACACAAACUUUCAUACAAAAACAACAUUUAAAAAUCUAUUGCGAGCUUCCCGUUGACUUAAAAAUAUUAAAUUAGAGAAGUACGGUUGGUCACUUAUUUUAUAGUUGGUAGCCAUGUCGGCGUAUGGUGACAACUACAAGUUUGUACCUUAUUCACAGCCACUAUGUAAUUCAUAUUCAUUAAAUUCAGAAACUGCUAUUCGUAUUCGUAAAAGUACUAUUCGUUCCAUCACUAUUAUUACAUGAUUCGUUUCCAUAUACAGAAUUACAAACAAAUGAAAACAUAUUACUAAGCUCGUGACGAGCAAUUUUUUUAAGAUUCUAUACAAAUAUCUAUACAUACAGAGUCUAGUAAUUAAAUAAGACUAACCACCCCCAUACAUCGCCGCGAGAAUCAUCAAUGUUGUAGUCGGCAUUAAAUAUCAUUUUUAUAUUUCAGUUAUUUGCGUAUGAAUACUAUGCCACCCUAUUGCUCUUUAUAAUUUCAAUAGACUUGACUGAUCGCAGUUAUAGUCAAAUAGUCACAAAAGUAGUAUCAAACGAUAAAUAAAGCAUUUCAAUAAUAUUUCAAUCCCUUAGAAAAAGAUUAAUAAUAUUAAAACUUGCUGGCGAUGGCGAGAUGGCGUCUUUAAAUAAUAAAAUACCUAAGAUGCUUUUAUUAUGCUUUAAUUGUAUUUUGACAUAUGACAGCGUAAAUCGAAUUUCACGAAAAAAUAUAGAUAUAGUAGUAAGAGACAGAUUAUACGUGUCUAACAUGGAAAAAUAGUAAAAAGGCACACGACGAACGUGGUGUUGUAUGGAGGUUGUCCGUAUUAAAUAUUCACUAGUCUCUAGUGUCCGAUCGAUACCGAAAUUUUUGCCGAAAUUGAAACCACAGGCUCGGCUUUAAUUCAGUCUCGGCUGACUAUUCUAAACGUAUUAAAAUCGUUGCUAAAAAUGUAGUUAGCUAAAUUUUUUGACAUAUGAACAAUGAAACACCUAUAACUCGUGCAAGUGGUAUAAAUAACCGGCCAAGUGCGUGUCGCCUCGUCUAUUCUAAUUAAGAACGACAUAAUAAAAUUCACUUAUCGUUAUUAAAAAACUAACCGAACCUGAUCCGAAAGUAUAGUGGCAGGUAAAGUUCGGCAGUCUUUUGACUGAAACCGAUCUUUCGGUCAAAACAUGAUUUUAUUGCCAAAACCGAAACUGAAACUUAAUUCGCAAUAACACUACUAGUCUCUGAUACAAAUCUUAUAAAUAUAUUAGGAAUUUUUUAUCACUAAAAUACUCUUUCAAUAUUUAUUAAAGACCUUAGAAAUAAACAUAGAGUAGGUAGAUUAAUCUAAUUUAAAUACCUACUCGAUCUUGUUUUGUUGAGUACUGACUAAAAAGAAUAAGCUAAUAUACCUACAUGCAUUAUGAAAACGAAAAGAUGCACUUAUUUGUAGAAUAGUCUUUACACGCAGAAUAAUACAGAUUGAUAUGAUCUCAAAAAUAUGUUGUGCGGGCACUGAUAGUCAAAAGAAGUUUUCUUAUUUGUUUAUUAAAUCUCUAAACAAUAGAAGAUACCUACAGCAUUUUUAGACUUUCAAUAGUUUAAAUGACGGUUAACGCCAGAUCUUCGAUUGAUUAAUCUAAAUUAUAUUUAAUAUGUUAAGUUACAAAUAAAAACUUUGUUUUUAAUCACAAGAUAAUUUACUACCAGUUGUAUCUACAAAUUAUAUUGCAAAUAUUUGCAGAACGUAUUUUCAAAUUGUUAUCAAUAAAAGUAAAGUUGUAAAAAUUAUACGUGCAUUCAACGGUCACUAAUUUUAACCGUUAGUUUAUUUAUAUUCUUAACAACAAAAGUGACUAAGAUAAACCGAUUUUAACAGAGACCAACAUAUUCAUUCCUGGGUCAAACAAUUUUAAGCAUAAUUUAAGAGUAGGUGCACUCCUAACUUACUUAUCAUUGAUUUCUGGUGAGAGUCAGAAUGGCGGGUUACCUAAAUAAAAUCAAAUGAAAAGCAUACCAUAUUUUUGUACCUAAUUUGUACUAUUUAGUACCUCGUUUAAAAAAAUUUGUACCUCACGGUACGUAAAGUUAUCAUAAAAAAACAGGUCACCCGCCAUCCUGACAGUCAGAAUGGCGGGUGUACUUUAUUACGCUAUGUUCCCGUGGUUAUUGAUAAAUUCUAUAAAAGCCAAAUUUUUGUACCUUUUUUGUACCUUCACAUUCAAUUAUAAUAUGAGUCAUUUUAUUUGUGGUUUCCAAGUUUUACUCAUUUUAUAUUUUGCUUGCUAUUACAAUUUUGCAGGCGUUAUAAUUUUUCAAGUUAUUGAUUUAAUUUUUAAGAAAAAACGCUAAGGUACAAUUAUUUUUAUUACGCCAGGAUUUAGUACCUUUAAUGUUUAAUCUGUUAAGUUCAAAUAACUCAGAAAAUCAUGUCUUAAAAAUGAUUAUUCUUAGGAAGAUAUCUUUGAAUUGGCGCCUAGCCUUUUUUAACGCUAAGGUACAAUUAUUUUUAUUACGCCAGGAUUUAGUACCUUUAAUGUUUAAUCUGUUAAGUUCUAAUAGAUCAGAAAAUCAUGUAUUAAAAAUGAUUUUUCUUAGGAAGAUUUCUUUGAAUUGGCGCCUAGCCUUUUUUAAGACAUGAUUUACUGAGUUAUUUGAACUUAACAGAUUAAACAUUAAAGGUACUAAAUCCUGGUGUAAUAAAAAUAAUUGUACCUUAGCGUUUUUUCUUAAAAAUUAAAUCGAUAACUUGAAAAAUUAUAACGCCUGCAAAAUUGUAAUAGCAAGCAAAAAAUAAAAUGAGUAAAACUGGGAAAGCACAAAUAAAAUGACUCAUAUUAUAAUUGAAUAUGAAGGUACAAAAAAGGUACAAAAAUUUGGCUUUUAUAGAAUUUAUCAAUAACCACGGGAACAUAGCGUAAUAAAGUACACCCGCCAUUCUGACUGUCAGGAUGGCGGGUGACCUGUUUUUUGAUGAUAACUUUACGUACCGUGAGGUACAAUUUUUUUUAAACGAGGUACUAAAUAGUACAAAUUAGGUACAAAAAUAUGGUAUGGUUUUCAUUUAAUUUUAUUUAGGUACACCCGCGAUUCUGACUCUCACGAUUUCUGUCAGAUAAUCUGUUUUCGCCACACUCCUGAUGACUAUACGAUAUAUUUUGAAAUUACACAUUUGUGAAUUUACUUUAAAUAUUGAUAAAGGAUAGGUAUAUUUACAAUUAGAGUUCUGCACUUUGGCCGGUUCAAAAUGCUAAAAGCUCGUACUCAACCUUUAUUAGUAUUAUUACCGAUGAUUUGGCUGGUACUAAAAUGGGAAACAUAAAAGCGAGUCGCGGCUCAACGUGGCUAUAAUAAUUUAUCUACCUAACGUGAAGUUAUUCUUUUAUUUUUUAGGACGUAGCUGUUGUGUGUCUAAUAUAAUAUUGAUUUAUUGCCAUACACGUGACUAUAGAUGCCAUAUUUUAUAUGAACACAUAUAUAAAUAACAUUAGGUAGUACAUAUUAUGACCUUAGCCGAAUAAGUUUUAUUUCUCUUAAACCAAUAUUGUACCUCACUGUUUUCCGUUCUAACUUAUUUCUAUGCCUUUGUUUAAUUAUAUAGGUUUCAUUACACUUCAGUAAUAAAUAAAUGUAUUUUCGUUUGUAAUGAAUAGUUAGUUAAGAAUAUUGACUAAGUCACAAGAUAAUUUAUUACCAAUGACAUGUUUUUGAACUCUUUUUUAUUUUAAUUGUUAAGUGUAAAAAGUUGAUAUAUAUAUUUUGAUGAGAUAACUAUGGAUUUGAUGUAUUUUUUGUAUAAAUAUAAAGUCUCCAGAUGUUUGAUUGCCUAACGCGAUAAAAAAAUUUUUUAACGAUGCAUAUAUUGUUUAACGUACAUACAAAUCUCAAUAAUAUUGCGUGUCUCAUUUCAUAAUUAUUACGUAUAUGUCUAAUUAUGAGCUAAGAUGUGCUCCACCAAUAAAAAUAAAAACCGUAUAUUAUAUCACACAUAAUUAGUACUAUAUUCAAGUUUAAUACCGCCACCGAAGAUGUAUAUAAUCAUGACAAAUGAACAUACCUAAAUAUGUCUAACAAAUUGUAAUCUUCUAACAUAUACUUGUUAAAUCACUGUGCCAUAACACUUUAUUUUAUUGGAUGUUACCCUACGUUACUUGCGUUAUCAUAGAACUAGAGUGCGCCCGAGACAUAACGAAGGAAUAACAUAACACUUUUAGAAAUAGAUAUAAUUACCUGCCUAAAAUGCGUACAGGAUUCAUCAGCAACUUUCUCAUCAGUUUUUGAAGCAUAAAGAGGUGUGGUGAAGAUACAUUUUCUCUCUUGUGCUUACAUAAGUACAUACUAGACCGUGGUAAAUUACGAAACAUGUACAAACCUAUGUAGCAAUACUGACGGAUAGGUAUUCACAUAUCGUGUGUCGUUGCGUAGGUACCUGUGUAUGUACGAUGAGUUAAAUUAAAAGCACGGAUAUGAUAAAUAAUAAUAAAUAAAUUUUGUCCAUUUAAGUGCGUUGGAAUUUAAAGGGAUAAAUUCAAAAAAAUAUAUAAAUAGGUGCUUAAUAUAUACUAGAGAAAAACGACAAAAUCAUGUGCCAGCCUUAACUGGAUAUGAACCAGCUAUUUCUUAAACUUAAGCUGCUGACGCCAUUAGAGUUUAAUUUAAGAAAUAAUUUGAAUUUUUCAUAACAAGUUCAUCACAUUCCGAUUCAACUCUUUAUCUAAUUUAUCCCAAUGCACAGAAUCUGAAGAAAUUUGUGAAUUAAAAUGUCAUAAAAACUUAUCCAAUAAUGAAAAUGUCAUAAAUACUUACGUACAUUAUAACUUAUAACUAAUUGUAAACAUAUGUACCUACUCCACCUCACACUUUUUUAGAUCAAAUGAAGUUAAGUAUUACACUUUCGUUAAUCGAAUUAGAAAUCAUCAGUAUGCUUAAGUAAAAGAUUAAUAAUAAUAAUAAAUACACCAGGCGUUUCCAUUAUACAUAGGUAAUAGGAAAACAAAAAUCUUGCCUUUAAGAGUGUCUUAAAUUGACCCAUGUGAAGGAGCAUCUAGACUUAUAUUUCACCUUAGUAAACGAUAUAGGUAGGUACCUAAGUUCUAUCUCGGAAUGUGUGAAACCCUGUGAUGUUUUCUGAAAUCUGUUGAAUUACAAGUAAAGUUUGAGAUAAUUUAAAUAAAGUUAUUUUUAUUCACAAUGACGUUGAGCUGUAAUUUUUUACAUAGGUAUACCUAUAUGUACAUAACAUGAGCUUUUCUUAAGACGAGGUAUGGUCAAGCAGAUUUGUAGUAUUUGCGAUACCUUUUAUAGAAAACUUAACGACCGAGUACUUAAUUGAUGAAAUAUUGAAUACUGAUGAGGCAGACAUAUUACGAAAGUUUUUUAACAUCCGAUUACCUACAUAAAAUUAACUUCCCUCGAGUAUAAAUGGAAUCGAAAAUACUACGAAUUGGCUCGCUUUACUAUUUGGCUAAACAACAUUUAUGACUGCUUAGGUAGAUAUACAUAUUAACAGAUAUCAGAAACGUCGUUGCGUUACAAACCUAAAACGCUUAUUUGAUUGGCGAUCAAAGCCCUCGAAACUAACAUAAAACAAAGUAUUGCAGCCAAUAGAUGUUAAUAAGUAUAUUAUUGUAAUUUUCACAUUUCAAAACAAAUUAAAUUUAGUCACAUUUAA